UACUCCCCGCCUCCCAAAGGCCCUCCUCAGAGUAACAGGGACCGAGUUCUGACCUUCCGGCUCGGUCGCCAGGGACGUUUGGAGCUGCGGCCCGGCUGUCCUCCCGCGACCUCGGCGCAGCCGUGCUGUCAUGGUGACGCUGCUGCGCGGGACCCUGCGUCCCCUCCGUCUGUUCCGAGCUCUCCCUGGCCCUGCUGCAGAUGCGCCCCUCCGAACGGCCAGCCAUGGCGCCGGCUUGCUCUACCCAGAACACAUCCCCACGUCCCUGCUGCAGAAGGUGCUGCUGACCGCCGGCUCUGCGGGCAUGGCCCUCUACAACCCGUACCGCCACGACAUGGUUGCAGUGCUAGGGGAGACCACAGGAUGUUAUGCCCUGAAGAUCCUCAGGGACCAGAUGAAGAGGGACCCAGAGGGCGCCCAGAUCCUGCAGGAGCGUCCCCGGAUCUCUCUGUCCACCCUUGACCUGGACAAGCUCCAGAGCCUGCCUGAGGGCUCCCUCGGCCGCGAGUAUCUCCGUUUCCUGGAUGUGAAUAGGGUCUCCCCAGAUACCCGGGCACCCACCCGAUUCGUGGACGAUGAGGAGCUGGCGUACGUGAUUCAGCGGUACCGGGAGGUGCACGACAUGCUACACACCUUGCUGGGGAUGCCCACCAACAUCCUGGGGGAGAUCGUGGUGAAGUGGUUUGAGGCUGUGCAGACCGGCUUGCCCAUGUGCAUCCUGGGCGCGCUCUUUGGACCAAUCCGACUCAGUGUCCAGCAACUGCAAGUGCUGUACUCGGAGCUGGUCCCAUGGGCAGUGGAGAACGGGCGCAGGGCCCCGUGUGUCCUCAACCUGUACUACGAGCGGCGCUGGGAGCAGCCCCUGACGGCCCUUCGGGAGGAGCUGGGCAUCACGGACCCCCCCAUGCACAUCCAGCCCUAGGCCCUCCUCCCCUCACCCGCCCACUUCCCCUGGAGGCCGAAGGCUCCGGGCCACUCCCUUCGCUGCUCUUCUUGAACAUUGACCCUUGGGUAUUACUUAUCAGAAUUUGCCCUAACACUCCUGAGUGGCUCUGAGGCCAACCCAGGCGGGGCAGGCAGUGCCGGCGGCUCCCAGGGAGCCUGGAGCUGCCCAAGGAGAGCCACACGUGGGCGGGAACCAGCCAUCUGGACUCGCGCUGGUCCACACCGGUCCUAGAGCCUUCCCUGCCAGCCAGCGCUUUCCGGGUGCCAGCCUGGGUGUCCUCCCAGGAGUGCAGAUGCGACCCAAUCCCGAAGGCCGGAGAAGGGGGAGGGAGUAUCCGCUUCAUCGGUCAGCGCCUGCCUCCCUGCCUUCGCCCAGGGCUGGCUGAUGGCAGCCUUGGGCCUCCCAUCUGCGCUUCAGCCGCUUGGCCCACCUCUGGCCUGGAGUUGGCCAGAUUGAAGCUCCUCACUCCUCUGGGGAUUUCUAGCCCAGGCCCUGGGGCAAACCCUCCCCCAUUUCAUCAGCGAAAGGGGGACGAACACAGCACCGCCUCUGGUCAUUGCGCAGGUUUCAGGGGGUGGUGCUCCAGAGAGCAUCCGAGAGAGGACCAGAGGCAGGAGCCAUUGUGUCACUGUGUGCACAGGUGGAGGAGCAGCAACCAGGCAUUGUCCUGGGUCAGAGCCAAGGAUGGGGACAGACAAGUGAAAGAGUGCGUGGCCCUGGCUGGAUUUAGAAUGGCAGAGCCUUUAGAGUUUUGAGGGACUGGUUCCUCAUCGUGUGGCCAGGGCAGCAAAGGCCCAGAAUGGGCAAGGACUUGGCUGGAGCAACUGGAACACAGGUUGCAAGGCCUCCUGCUUGGUUUUCCUGCGCCUCCGUUUCCCUGUGGACAAUAACAACUACAGUGUA